AUGAGUCAGGCCGAGGCACCGGACCCCGGAUCCCGCCCCCCGGACCCCGCCCCGGCGAGCGAGCGGGGCGCCGAGCGGGGCCCGGAGGGGCAGGACACCUGGGGCCGGCGGGCCCCCCGGCUUGGGGACAUCGCCCCCGGCCCCGCCGUGGCGCUGCCUUCGGGCCCGCCCCCCCGGGCCUGGGGCCUGGGGCUCUCCGCUCCGCCGGAGCCGGGAGGGCCGGGGGCGGGCCCCGGAGGCCCCCCUGGAGGAGGCGGCGGCGGGGCGGCGGCACCCGCCGAGAAGGUGAAGCGGCCGAUGAACGCCUUCAUGGUGUGGAGCUCCGGGCAGCGCCGCCAGAUGGCGCUCCUGCACCCCAAGAUGCACAACUCGGAGAUCUCCAAGCGCUUAGGCGCCCAGUGGAAGCAGCUGGGCGAGGCCGAGAAGCGGCCCUUCGUGGAGGAGGCCAAGCGGCUCCGGGCCCGACACCUCCGAGACUACCCCGACUACAAGUACCGGCCCCGCCGCAAGGCUAAACCCGCCCCCCACGCCCCUCACGCCCCCCAGGCCUCCCGGGCCCGCGGAGGGACCCAGGUGUUCCACACCCCCAGCCCUGGUGGACGACCUGCUUGGAGCCCCAGGGACCCUCAGGAGUGGAUGGGAUCUCCCCCCUAUAACACAGCCCUGUCUCUGAAGCCGGACGCCCCUCCGCCCUCCGUCCGGGUUCCUCCGUUCCCGGGGGACUUCCUGUCCCCCUACAACGCCGCCUACAUCCCUUCCCAGCCCCCCUACGCCUCCCCUCACCUCAGCGCCACGGCCCCCCUCACUCAUCUCUAA